AUGCAGAAACGCGGUCCUAAUCGCAAGCAGGAGUUUCCUAGCGUCGAUGGUUGGGUGCCAUAUAAGCCUUUCUCGAAAAAUAAAAUUCUUAAAGAGUUCGACGAAAAGUCUGAGCGCGUUGAUGUUCCUGAAAAUUGGAAAGAACCCAAAUUCAACUUAGAAGAUAAUCCAAACGGUCGCUUAUUUUCUAAAUCCACAUUUGGAACACUUUUCCCCAAGUAUCGUGAAAAGUAUAUUCAACAUGUAUGGCCUGCAGUGGAAAAAAUACUCCGUGAACAUCAUAUAAAAGCUGAGUUAAAUCUUGGUGAAUCAACAAUGUCUGUGCAUACAACAUUGAAGACCUUCGAUCCGUUUAUUAUCUUGAAAGCCAGAGAUAUGAUUCGACUCUUGGCCAGAUCUGUCCCCCUGGACGUUGCCUCGCGGGUUUUGGAUGAUGAUACAUUUUCAGAUAUUAUUGAAAUCAAGCUACAGAAUCGUGAUAAAUACAUCAAGCGUAGACGUCGUUUAAUUGGGGAGGAAGGACACACGUUGAAAGCUAUUGAAAUCUCAACAAAGUGUUAUAUUUUGGUUCAGGGCAAAACUGUUGCUGCGGUCGGUCCUUAUGAAGGUCUUAAAAAGGUUCGACAGGUGGUGAACGCGUGCAUUUACGACAACAUUCAUCCAGUGUAUUAUAUUAAACGUUUUGUAAUUCUUCAAAAAUUAAUGUCCGAUCCCUCUAAAAAGAACCUUUCUUGGGAGAAGUUCUUACCGAAAAUUAAAAAGAAGACUCUGAGCAAGCGCAGGAAACCAUUCAAGGAGUCGAGAAAGAAGCAGGAAUACACACCAUUCCCACCACCGAUCCAAAAGUCGAAGGUGGAUAUCGCCUUGGAGAAGGGCACUUACUUCUUGAACGAGGCGGAGAAACAAAGUCACAAGAGGACUGAAAAGGUCACAACAUCGGAGCAAAUUUCUCGGAAACGCCAACAGGAGAAACGUGCGGCAGCAUUCAAACCCCCGCCCUCGGACAUUAAGAAGCAGAAAGAAUAG